AUGUUUUCCUCUCUGCUGCGACCUAAGCAGAGCAAUCGCAGCCGACGCGUCGACCGCUUGCACGAAAGGCAAUCGCCUUCCCCUGGCCCGGCCUAUCGCCACUAUGUCGGCGAACCCCCGAGACGCGCAUCAGGCGACUUUACUGAGGGAGAGGACGACGAAGACGACGAGGACGAGGACGAGGAACACGAUGGCAUAGGCCACUCCGGGGACGACCCCGAAAACAUCGAGGACGAGGACCAUGCCCACCGUUCCAUGCCCGUUCUCCCUCUUUUCUCGGAGACGUACCUCGCUGACCGUGAUCCUCCAGACUCCCUGCCCAUAUACAGCAUAACCCAUGCAAUUCGCAUCAUCAUCCAGACCCGAACCGAAACGACAUUAACAUGGGACCAAAUACGCUCCCCCCAAGUGUCCCAGUUUCUAGUCAAGCCCAUGCAGCAACAGAUCAGGACUCAGCAGUUCAACCGCGCCACCCUGUAUUGUCUCAUGGCGAACUGCCUCCAGUUCAACAAGGAGGGCCAGAUGUACCCAGGCAACGCUGGAAUAAGCUACACGAGGGCUCUGGUCUGCGAGCUCCUCGCCCUCAAGCUUCUCAAGGAAUACAACACCCGCCAACUCAUCGACGCCCUUUCGUACGACUUUUACCCGCUCCAGGGGCUUCCGGGCGCUCAGCCUGCGAACGCCCCCAAGGCGGACCCGAGAAACAAGGCACGCCUCACCGCGGCACGAACCUCUACACUCGAAGUAGCUAUUCGUGCCUCCGCUAAGCACUUUUUGGCUCAUCCUUUGGUCGUACAACAGCUCGAGGCUAUCUGGAACGGAGCCAUCAGCUUUUACUCGUCCGCAGAUAGUUUGCACCGCGAGCCUCCAGCUUCGCCCACCGGUACCAAGCCCGAUGCGAGGACGCCGCUGCUGGGCGCUCACAACCAGAAGGAGGGCCAGCAGCAGUCGAUACCUGGGAGACGGAGUGUCAUUCUUUAUGACCCUCGGCAAGCGUCUUUAUUCAAGCUGUCGCGCCUCCGUGUGCCGCGCUACAGGUUCUUCCUGUCGACGCUGUCACUUCUCGUCCUUAUCGGCCUGUUCCUUGCCGUCCUCGCUCAACGUUCAGCACGCAUUAGCUCGCUGGAACUGAUCUUUUGGUUUUGGAGUGCCGGGUUCAUGCUGGAUGAGCUGGUCGGGUUUAACGAACAGGGUUUCUCGCUUUACAUCAUGAGCUUCUGGAACGCCUUUGAUCUGGGGAUCCUGCUCUUGUUGAUUGUCUACUACUUCAUGCGCGUCUACGGGGUAUUCCUCGUGGAUGCCAAGCACUGGAAUGACUCUGCCUACGAUGUUCUUGCGGCGAAUGCCAUCCUGCUGCUGCCCCGUAUAUUCAGUGUGCUGGACCAUUACCAGUACUUCUCCCAGCUGUUGAUUGCUUUCCGCUUGAUGGCGGUUGACCUCGCAGCUGUCUGCAUCCUGAUCCUCAUCUCAUGCAGCGGCUUCUUCGUCUUCUUCACCCUUGCUGACAGCAAUAAUGACGCGGCCGAUAUCGCCUUUAGAAUCUUCCAGAUCUUGAUGGGCUUUACUCCAGCUGCUUGGGAGGUAUGGCCAGGGUACAACUGGCUUGAGAGGGGUCUUAUGGCCUUUUUCUUGAUCAUCUGUCACUUCGUUGUCGUCACCAUCCUCAUCACGGUCUUGACAAACUCUUUCAUGAAGAUCGCCUCCAACGCGAGGGAGGAGCACCAGUUUCUCUUCGCUAUCAACACAAUCUCCAUGGUCAAGAACGAUGCCUUGUUUUCAUACGUCGCACCAGGCAAUAUUUUCGCUUGGCUCCUCAUGCCACUGCGAUACUGCAUGCCUCUGAGACAAUUUGUGAAGCUGAACAGGACCAUCAUCAAGGCCACGCACUUUCCUCUUUUGUUAUUCAUUUUCCUGUACGAAAAGUACUGGCUCGCUCCGUCCAUGUACGAACCCACGGAUCUGGUCGAAAACCAUCACCAUGGGCGGGACCGAACGAUCUCCUUCGCAGACCCGGCGAGUCGAUCUGCCCUGUUCAGCCCCAACAUCCGGGUUCGCGAAGAAUCGCUCACUGGGUACCAGAAGGAUCAUGCCCUCGAGGAGGUCUUUCGGCGAGGCCCUGGUUUCGCUACAUUGCGCAAUCAGCGGCGGAAUGAGAGAAAGAAGACCCAGCACGCGGUUCGAAACUGGAUGGAUCGGAAUGACGAAGUCAGCGCCUCCCCCCAUCUUUCGCAGUGGCCAACGCUGGACGGCAGCCAGAGUAUUCGGCCGGAUUGGCAUAGGAGACUGAGCCUAUCGAGAGAGCUUAGGACGCAACGGUCUCGUCAGAUAUCAGAUGUCAGAUCAGCGGCUAGCGAUCCAGCCGAUCUCAUCUCCCAGCCUGCCAUCGGCUCUUUCUUCCGGGGAAUAGCCGCGGCCACCCAAGCCAAGGAGGAGGAGAACCAACAGACGGACGCAGACGGAGAUGAUGAGCUUGUCACAAAUGAUGAGGAAGAAGAGGAGGACAUCGCGACGAACGCUGGUGACAGUCGUCGGGGCCCAGUCAUUCACCAGACCUCAAUUGACGACUAUUUCAACUCGACGCCGACAACGAAGCGGUUUGCCCCGCCCACGACAUCUUCAUCAUUGGGCUCCAGCGGAAGGCCGUCCGUGUCGGCCACUCCUCGCUCUGCACGUCGCAUGCCUCAUAGCCGAACGAUGUCGACCAACACCAUCCUGUACGCACCACAGGAGCUGCGACGGCCGGCUAGCUCGUCCUCUCAUUCACCUGACCCGCCGCCCACCCGUGCGCGUGUGCAGAACGGUCGCCCUGUGGUGGUUGAACCGGCUACGACUAGUGGCCACCGCUCCCCACGCCGGCAGACCUAUGUGACCAACACAAGACCCAGACCCAUCUUGCCACCUCGAGAUGCAGUACAGACGGCGCCGAAUCGCGCGGCUCUCACUGGCAUCGACCAGCGACUGCGCCCUAAUGCUCUCAGGCGGUUGUCUUCGGUUGAUCUGAGCGUCUUGUCGGAUAACAUUGUACCUGAUGACCCGACCGGGGGCAUGCCUUCGAGCUUCCAAACGCAGAUGGCUAUGGCUUUGAUGAAGGAUGCGCGACUGGGAGGAGCGGGACGGGGCGCGGAUUCCGGGGACAGCAACCGAAUGAGCAAGCUCGUCCUCGCACGGAUGAAGACUCUGGAAGAAAGCUUUGCAGACGUUGCCAGGGAGUUACGCGGGCUCAAGACCACGUCCAAUUCGACUGCCCCCACCACGCGGCGCAAUUCGUCAGGCGAAGAGUUGCAAAAGCUGGCGGCCCUGGCGAGUCCAGAAGCUACACGGCAGAAAGACAGCGGCGGUGAGAAACCCAAGAUGGUAAGAAGGACCACAGGCAAGCGGCCGGUGAGUCGCAAGAGCUUGCUGGACCCCAAGUCGGAGAGGGCUAGGGGCAAGGGCAAAGAGCCGGCGCAUUCAUCGGGCGACGAGUCCGACAGUGAGAGCAUGGCGCCGACGAAACGAAGCUCGAUGUAA